AAAAUGAUCUAAUAUUUGUGUUUUAACUUUCAGCUUUGUGUUAUUCUUGGAAAAUUUCGCACCACUUGUGAAUUCCUUGAACCUGGGCAUUGCAAACCCACUUCUGUUGGGCCCAUCUCCUUUGCACUUUGCUCAGAUUAAGACUCAAUUGGCGCUUCAGCAGCUGAAUGCCGUUGCCUCACAUAGUUCAACACCACCUUAUACUUUAUUAAAUCAGGCUUUCUUGAAAAUAGCCAUGUCAAGACCCAGGUUUAAUCCUCGAGGAAACUUUCCACUUCAGAGACCACGAGUACCUAACCCUCCUGGGAUGAGGCCUCCAGGACCAUUUAUGAGGCCGGGAGCUAUGGGUCUUCCAAGAUUUUACCCAGCAGGGAGAGCCCGUGGAAUUCCACCCAGAUUUGCUGGCCAUGAAUCUUAUCAGAACAUGGGACCACAGAGAAUGAAUGUUCAGGUAACUCAGCACCGAACUGAUCCAAGAUUGACCAAAGAAAAAUUGGAUUUUCAUGAAGCACAACAAAAGAAAGAGAAGCCUCAUGGUAGCCGGUGGGAUGAUGAGUCUCAAAUACCUGCAUCAGUGGCAGUGAAACAGAGUCCUAUAACACAGGUUACAGAGCAGAGUCCUAAAGUGCAGAGCCGCUAUACAAAAGAGAGUGCCUCAAGUAUCUUAGCAAGUUUUGGAUUAUCUAAUGAAGAUUUAGAAGAACUCAGUCGCUAUCCUGAUGAACAGCUAACUCCUGAAAAUAUGCCAUUAAUUCUGAGGGAUAUAAGAAUGCGAAAAAUGGGGCGCCGAUUACCUAAUUUACCUUCUCAGAGCAGAAAUAAAGAAACACUUGGUAGUGAGGCAGUUUCAAGUAAUGUGAUUGAUUAUGGGCAUGCAAGCAAAUAUGGCUAUACAGAAGAUCCACUUGAAGCACGUAUUUAUGAUCCUGAAAUUCCAACUGAUGAGGUCAAGAAUGAUUUUCGGUCACAGCAGAGCAUUUCUGCAUCUGUUCCUGCACCAAAUGUGAUAUGUAAUUCUAUGUUUCCUGUUGAAGAUGUGUUUCGACAGAUGGACUUCCCCGGUGAGUCCUCCAAUAAUCAGUCCUUUUUCCCAGUUGAGAGUGGAACUAAGAUGCCAGGUUUACACAUUACAGGAAGACAGCCAGUCCUUGAACCUGUAAAAUGUGUCAGCCAGUCCAUUAGCCAAACAGUUAACCAGGCAAUGAGUUGGUCUCUGAUUCCUCCAUCUAUGAACCAGCAACCUUUUUCAUCGGAAUUAAUUCCAGCUGUAAGCCAGCAAGAGCGGAUCCCACGUGAGCCUGUGAUUAAUUCAUCUAAUGUCCACAGACCAGGAGGAAAUAAAAAGAAUUAUCAAUCGGAGGCUGACAUCCCCAUUCGGUCACCCUUUGGGAUUGUGAAAGCAUCCUGGCUCCCCAAGCUUUCUGAUGUCCAAAAGAUGAAGAGACUACCAACUCCUUCUAUGAUGAAUGACUAUUAUGCAGCAUCUCCAAGAAUAUUUCCACAUUUCUGUUCUCUCUGUAACGUAGAAUGUAGUCAUUUGAAGGAUUGGAUUCAGCAUCAAAAUACAUCUACUCAUAUUGAGAGCUGCCGACAGUUACGUCAACAGUAUCCUGAUUGGAAUCCUGAGAUCCUCCCAUCAAGAAGAAAUGAAGGCAACAGAAAAGAAAAUGAAACUCCAAGAAGACGUUCUCAUUCCCUCAGUCCUAGACAUUCUAGGAGAUCAAGCUCAAGUCACAGAUUCCAUCGAUCUCGAAGCCCAACACGUUAUAUGUAUAGACCAAGAAGUCGAAGUCCAAGAAUUUGCCAUCGUUACAUUUCUAGAUAUAGAUCCAGGUCCCGUUCACCAUAUCGAAUGAGAAAUCCAUUUAGAGGUAGUCCAAAAAGCUAUCGAUCAGUUAGCCCUGAAAGGAUAUCAAGGAGAUCAGUGAGAUCAUCAGAUAGAAAAAGAGCAUUAGAAGAUGUAGCACAACGAUCAGGGCAUGUGCCAGAAUCCAAUAAAGAGAAGCAUUUUGAAGCAGUUGAUAAAGGACAGUUACCAGCACAAAAGGCUAAAACUGGAAGUGGAUCAAAGUCAUCAGUUAAAUCUAUAAGUUCUACAAAGAAUGAUUCAAAUUUAGGAGGACAUUCUACUCGUCACAAAUCAAAGAAUCUUGAAGAUGCCACCUUAUCAGAAUGUAAACAGAUGUCUGAUAAAGCUGUUUCUGUCCAGCGUAAGUCUCGGAAAGACCAACCUUUGUAUUACGGUUCCGUUCUUCUUAUAUCUGAAUUACCAGAGGAUGGCUAUACUGAAGAAGAUAUUAAAAAACUAUUUCAACCAUUUGGAAAAGUUAAUGAUGUCCUAAUUGUUCCAUAUAGGAAAGAGGCUUACCUGAAAAUGGAAUUUAAGGAGGCAGUCACUGCAGUCAUGAAGUAUAUUGAAACAACACCUCUUUUGGUAAAUGGGAAAAAUGUGAAAGUAUGUGUUCCAGGAAGGAAAAAAGCACAGAACAAAGAGGUGAAGGAAAAGACAGAUUCAAAGAAAACAUCUGCUUUAAAAAAAGAUACAGAUGCUUCCAAAGCUGUUGAAAUUGUGAAGUCAGCUUCUGCUACCAAAACUGGACAAGCUAAAGCAUCUGUAGGCAAAGUGAAUAAAUCUUCAGGGAAAUCAGCGGGUUCUGUAAAAUCUGUGAUAACAGUAGCUGCUAAAGCUAAUAAAACUUCAACCAAAACAGCAAAGUCCAGUGGGAAGAAGUCUCUAGAAGUCAGAAAGGCUGGCAUUGUCAAAAACAAAGAUGCCAAUAAACCUCUGACUGUACAAGAAAACUCUGAAAUAAAGACCAGUAUGGAACUCAAAGCCACUGAAAAUAGUGCUAAAGAAACUACUUCAGAAGCUGCUUUGGUGGUCACAGAAAAUGAAACAGUUAAUAACAAGGAAACAGAGGAAAUGUGUGUGGUACUUAUUUCUAAUUUGCCAAAUAAAGGAUAUUCUAUAGAAGAAGUUAACAACCUAGUAAAACCAUUUGGUGAUACAAAGGAUAUUUUGAUUUUAUCAUCUCAUAAAAAGGCUAUUAUAGAAAUAAAUAGAAAAUCUGCAGAUUCUAUGAUAAAAUUUUAUACCUGCUUCCCAAUAUCAGUGGAUGGAAAUCAACUCUCAAUAAGUAUGGCUCCUGAAAACAUGAGUGUAAAAGAUGAGGAAGCUAUAUUUACAGCCUUGAUUAAAGAAAAUAAUCCAGAGGCAAACAUAGAAAAAAUACACAAUCGAUUUAUACAUCUUAAUAACUUACCAGAAGAUGGACUUCAGUGUGUACUAUGUGUUGGACUUCAGUUUGGAAAAGUGGAUCACCAUAUAUUCUUGAGUAAUAAAAACAAGGCAAUUCUUCAGUUAGAUAGUCCUGAAUCUGCUCAGUCAAUGUACAGCUUUCUGAAACAAAAUCCACAGAACAUAGGUGACUGUGUAUUGACCUGUACAUUAUCUCCAAAGGUGAACUCAUUAGAGGCUCAAGCUGAGAAAGACCAAGAACUAGGAAAAGAAAGCCCUGACUUGAAAAACAAUCCAGUUGAUGAAAGUGAGGUGCACACAGCAGCUGAUAGUCCCUCUGUUAAACCUAGUGAGGUUGAAGAAGAAACUAUUCCCAGCAUUCAAACAGAAACUUCUGUACAACAGGAAGAGUUUUGUGAGGAAGAACCUGACAGAAUACUAUGUGACUCUGACUUUGCUAUUGAAACGUUGGAAAUUGAAACUCAAGGAGAGGAGGUCAAAGUGGAAAUUCCUCUUGUAGAAACCAUUCCAACCAAUAUUGAAUUAUUCACCGAAAAUGUAGAGGAGUCUGUUUUAAAUCAGCAGGUGUAUACCAGUGACUUUGGGAAGGAAGAGGCAGAAAUUAUUAAAGCUGAAACAGAAGUAGCAACAUCUGACAGUGCAUUUAUAGAAGAAAGGAAUAUCCAAGGAAUUCUAGAAGAAUCUCCAUCUGAAGCAGAAGACUUCUUUUCUGGGAUUACACAGGCUAUGAUAGAAGCUAUAGCUGAAGUGGACAAACAUGAAACUGAUUCAGAAAUAGUACCAUCUACUUGUGUUGUGACCCUGGUACCAGGAAUUUCCACUGGGGAUGAGAAGACAAUGAGCAAAAACGGAAUUUCUGAAAAAAGUAACAUGGAUGAACAGGAGGAGAAUGAAUUUAAUACUAAGGAAACCAAAAUGGAUCUGCAAAUAGGAACAGGGAAGGCUGAAAAGAAUGAUGCUAGGAUGGUCGCAGAGAAGGUGGAAAAGAUUGUGGUAGCAACGAAAGAAAAGCCUGCAGAAAACACUGGGAUCAAGGCAUACCCAAAUAAAGGAGUGUGCCAGGCCAGUAAGCCUGAUGAAACUAGUAAAACUAGUAUGCUGGCUACAUCAAAUGCACCUAGCAGUAAAUCAAGCAUCAAGUCUGGUAUGGUCUCUUCUCCAAAGACAAAAACUACAGCUUCCAAAUCUGAAAACCAGAAAAGUUUUCUAAAACCUGUACUCAGAGAUCACAUAAAUGCUGAAAAGAAACUUUCAGCCAAGGAAUUGGGUCUUAAACCUGCAAGCGCCAGGUUGGCCGAAAACAGCAGUAAAAUCAAAUCUACUCACAGCGGUGUUACCAGAGGAGGCAGUGGAAGGAUCUCAGCUCUGCCAGACAAGGAUUCUAAACUGGAUUACAGGGAUAUUACAAAACAGUCUCAGGAAACAGAGGCUAGACCUUCCACCAUGAAACGGGAUGACGGCAACAAUAAGACUUUGGUUGGGCAAAACACCAAGAAUCCUAAAAGCACCACUGGUAGAAGUUCCAAAUCUAAAGAGGAACCAUUAUUUCCAUUUAAUUUGGAUGAGUUUGUUACUGUGGAUGAGGUUAUAGAAGAAGUGAAUCCUUCGCAAGCCAAACAGAAUCCACUAAAGGGAAAAAGGAAAGAAGCUCUCAAAAAUAUCCCUUCCUCUGAACUUCCUGUAAAGAAGAAGAAAGGGAAAACUUCUGGCCCGCAUGUUGUGGAGAGAGAAUUAUCUUUUGUAACACUGGAUGAGAUUGGGGAAGAGGAAGAUGCACACCUAGCACAAGCUCUGGUCACUGUAGACGAAGUUAUUGAUGAAGAAGAAAUAAAUAUGGAAGAAAUGGUAAAAAAUUCAAAUUCACUUCUUACAUUAGAUGAGUUAAUUGAUCAAGACGAUUGCAUAUCCCACAGUGAACCUAAAGAUGUUAUUGUACUGUCGGUGGCUGAAGAACAAGAUCUUCUCAAACAGGAACGCCUGGUGACUGUGGAUGAAAUUGGAGAAGUAGAGGAGCUACCUUUAAAUGAAUCAGCAGACUUAAGUUUUGCCACUUUAAAUACUAAAGGAAAUGAGGAAAAUACUGGAAGUGAGUCCAUUGACUUCAUUUCUUCCCAGAUGCCUGAAGACCCUUCUACUUUGGUUACUGUAGAUGAAAUACAGGAUGACAGCAGUGAUCUGCACUUAGUGACUUUGGAUGAAGUAAAUGAAGAGGAUGAAGACUCUGUGGCAGAUUUUAAUAACCUUAAAGAAGAGCUUAAUUUUGUUACUGUUGAUGAAGUUGGAGAAGAGGAAGAUGGAGAUGAUUUAAAAGUUGAAUUAGCACAAAGCAAAAAUGAACAUCCCACAGAUAAAAGAGGGGAUAGGAAAAAGAGAGCUAUGGACACAAGGAAGACAAAACUUGAAGCCUUGUCCCAAGUGGGUCCAGUAAGUGUGAAUGUUGUGGAAGAAGAUCUGAACACCAUGGUUGAGAGGCACUUAGCAGCUAAAAUGACAACCAAGAGAGUUAGAAUUGGGACAACUCCACCAUUGGAAAACGCAGUUGAGACAGAUCCAGAGCAAGAUAAAGAAGAGGCCUACCAAAUUAGUGAAGUUGGUGAAGAAUCUGACUUUAAGGAUUCAGAACCAGAACGAAAACGCAAGAAGAUUGAGGACCCUUCUUUAGGGACACCAGUGGCAGCUGAUGUCUCCAAAGAUUUAGACUUUCUUGUACCGAAGCCUGGAUUCUUCUGUCCAAUUUGUUCCCUCUUCUACUCAGGUGAAAGAGCAAUGACAAAUCACUGCAAGAGUACACGUCAUAAGCAAAAUACAGAGAAGUUCAUGGCCAAGCAAAGAAAGGAAAAGGAGCAGAAUGAGGUUGAAGAAAGAAGCUCAAGCUCUAGGUGAUUGGGGAAAAAUUUGUUAGAAAUUUGUUUAGGGUCCAGUUGAUUUGUGUAUUUUUGUUAUCACUAAUUUGUAAUUUUUGUUUCAGAAGCAAAUAUUCAUGUUGUAUAAAUUUCUGAUUGUCCUUGAUGUAGAGAGACUGAUGGGGAAAGUAUGAUGUGUUUGAUUUUUAUAUCAAAUCAUCAGGCAUGGAGAAAUAUCUUUUAGAAGUGUUAAAAUAAAUGUUCCUACUGUAUAUUUAAAAUAC